UACUGAAAUCCUCUCAGGCAUGUGUAGAUAUUGUCGUAUAUUGUAGAAUGGCGCUUCUCAGUGUGUAUCUCAGAACAAAACAAACAAGUCUAUUCUUCACAACAUGCACAACUCAUUAGAGAAUGAAGAAUGUAGCAUUCAACACUAAACCCCUUGAAAAGUUCAAGUUCAAUGUAUUUAUAUAGCGCGCUUAAACAGCCACAGGACUGACUUAAGUGCUUUACAGUAAAAUAUUACAUUAUAUCAAAUAUUAAACAGCAGAGAACUAUGAAGAAACAGAAUGUAACAGUAUUUAACUGUUAACCCCUUUAAGACUGACUUACCAUGAGCUCUUGCGUUGUUGCGUAACUUGAGGCUAUUUUGUAUACCAUACUUCAAUGUGUAUUUAACAUCACUAAAAUGGUGUUUGACUGCUGAAAAUCCACGUAUGUGUCAGCUUUAAUGAGGAAAAGAGAUGUGCUGCAAAACCAGUUAGCAUUAGCACAUGAUAACCGCGGUUUGGGCGAAGGUAAGCAAGCGUUUUCAAUUUCUACGGAAGCCCCCCCAUGCAGGUGGAUCGUGUGCAAUUACUGUCAAAUAAACAGAGACAGAACGUUCAUGUACUCCACGUAGCUCAUACAUCGUUAAAAAUAGUUUAAAAAGUAAACGUGUUUGAGUUUUUAUCUAGAAGAAAACAACCCCACAGAUUACUUGUAUUGAUUUUGGACGGGUUUGCCUGCUCCAAUAUGGCGGAUGAUUCAGAGGUGUAUGUGGCGUUUAGCAUGAAGCUAGUUCAAUUAUAUUCAACCCAGCUAACGUCACACAUCACUCUUUCUUCUGAAUGUUUAUAGUUAUCUUCUACUGUCCACCACGGCCAUGCUGGAUGCAGCGCAUCUAAAAUCACAUGUGAUGGAAUUCCGCGUUUGUAAAGCAACGCGUGUCAUACCCGAGCAAUAUUACGGUUGAGUCAUUAUGUGACGUUUUGAUUCCCAUAUGUCAGUGAAACGUCAGGUAUUGGGCACACUUUAUACUCGUUAUACUUAAAAUAAAAAAGUUUUUUAUAAUUUUCCUUAAAUUGUGGGGAAAAAAUAUUGGGGAAACACUAUUGUAAGGUGACGUUGAAAUACGUUGUUUUCAGUACACAUGAAGAGAUGCUUUUAAGUCUUUAUUAUUAUUAUUCACACAUAACUACUGACGCAAAGUUCCACACUGUAUUGCUUCAUGAGAAGUGUAAUAAAAAAGCCAUUAAGUGAUUUAAAUCAUCCUGCCUUUGCAUGUGCACCGCAUUUGUGUCAUAUACCAUCUGGAUUGGGUUGCCAGACACGUGAUCCAAAGUACCAUUCCGUCAGAGCGCGGGUUGCCUUCGCGCGCCGGAUGAUCCCGCAUUCUGGAGUUCUUUGCGCCAAUCCACUCGAUCCGAAUGCAGCAGUUUGACGUUCCGUGAGGUAAAAUCCUCCGAGUGCAUUUGGCAACCAUUUAGACGCAUUGAGAGCGAGUUGAUAGAGGUGAGUUUGUCCAUGAAAAUUAAGGCAGAUUUUGAUAUGACUCCAGAACCAAUUCUUAUCUUGCUUGAUGUAAAUUGUGCUUUGUGUGGAUGGUUUUAAAGGGUUGACCAUUAGGCUUCGCUGUUUUUGGACGGUUGUAUAAUCGCGAGUGUAGGUGGUGAUGGAUUUAUUCUAAACUGCACCCAGUGUAAUUACCUUAAUUAGCUGUCACAACGCAAACAUAUCACAUGUUUAACAUCACACCGUUUGAUACGUGGCAACACUCUUUAUGUUUCUUGUCGAAUAUAUUGCCGUUUAAUAGCAAGAUGCCUUAUUUUUACCUUUUUGUUUAGUUGCAGCAAACGCAUGCAAAAAUAGCAUAUGUCUAUAGGACAUGAUCAUACAUGUAGUUUUAAAGUAUUCGACUGCAUGUCAUUAAAAUUCAGUCAUCAUCACACAUCCCUGUUGCCAUGACGCCUGCGAGCUGCCUCUUCUGCUUUAGUUCAGCACACUGUUCUCUAACGUUAUUGCCCGUUUUCAUCCUUUUGUCAAGAGAUGCUUCGAUGCAUAAAUUGCUUUGCGUUAUUUCGUGUAUGAAAGCACGAAUUGUGGGUGCUUUAAACGCCCCGUGACGUAACAGGGGACCAAUGUCAACUCGUGUGUGGGUUCAGACACUUGAGAUAUAAUGUCUUCAGUGUCUUCAUGGCAUGCAAAGCGGUUCUCAUUGGUCUCUUCUGUUCGACAUAGUGCAAAUAGUAUCUAAAAUACAUGUUCAGGCUUCUAUGCUUUAUCUUUUCUCCUGUGUGUGUAUGUGGUUUUUCUGCACAGAAAUGCUGAACUACUGAAGGCUGGAAAGCUUGUUUUAUUUAUAAGAAUGUGGAAAUUCUGAGAAUUUUGAUGAGGACAUCAUUUAAGACAUUUUGUUGAAUAUAAACCGAAUAAACUGUAUGGCUCAUGAUGUGCAGACUAUAAUGGCCUGAUUAUUAGUCAUUCUUUCUAAAGACACAUCUGCAGAAAAGCAUUCUCAGGUUCUUCUACACAUCAUUUUGAAUAAGCAAGCAAAAUGGAGCACUCAUUUAAAGACAGAAUUCCGACCAAUAAUGUCCAGGGACUAUGAAGAGUCUGGUCAGUCAGUAGGGAUGUUGGCUGCAGUGGAACAUGGUCCCGUCCUCUGCAGCGACUCCAACAUCCUCUGCCUCUCGUGGAAAGGGAGGGUUCCCAAGAGCGAGAAGGAGAAGCCGGUGUGCAGGAGGCGCUACUAUGAGGAGGGCUGGUUGGCCACCGGGAACGCCAGAGGUGUCGUGGGCGUGACGUUUACGUCCAGUCACUGCAGAAGAGACAGAAAUACCCCACAAAGAAUCAACUUUAAUCUACGGGGUCAUAACAGCGAGGUUGUUCUUGUUCGGUGGAAUGAGCCGUUUCAGAAGCUUGCUACAUGCGAUAUGGAGGGAGGGAUAUUUGUGUGGAUCCAGUAUGAAGGAAGGUGGUCUGUUGAGCUGGUCAAUGAUAGAGGUGCACAGGUUAGUGACUUCACCUGGUCACAUGACGGCACGCAGGCGUUAAUCGCCUACAGAGACGGUUUCGUCCUGGUGGGUUCAGUGAGUGGUCAGAGACACUGGUCAUCUGAGAUCAAUUUGGAGAGCCAGAUCACCUGUGGGAUCUGGACACCAGAUGACCAACAGGUGCUGUUUGGAACAGCAGACGGACAGGUGAUAGUUAUGGACUGCCACGGCCGCAUGCUCGCCCAUGUUCUCCUGCAUGAGUCAGAUGGUAUAGUCGGGAUGUCCUGGAACUGCCCGGACUUUCUGGUGGAGAACAGCACUGAGAGCGACACCGAAUCGGAUGAUCCCAUCCCAGCUCAAGUGCAAAAUUUGAAACCAGUGCUCACGGUCAGCUUCAUAUCGGGAGACAUCAGUUUGAUGAACAACUUUGACGACCUUUCACCUAACAUUAUACGCUCAGGACUGAAAGAUGUGGAGGUACAGUGGUGUUCUCAGGGAGAUCUCCUGGCUGUGGCUGGGAUGGAAAGACACGGCCUCCCUUCUGACUCAGCCUGCGCCUCCAUCAUGAGGAACGCUCUUGUCAAGUUUUACAACGUCCAAGGGGAACAUAUAUACACAUUGGAAACUCCGGCCCAAAGACCCAUCACCACUAUCUGCUGGGGUCACCGAGACUCGCGUCUGUUUCUGGCCUGCGGCCCGGCUCUGUAUGUUGUACGUGUUGAGCAUCGUGUGGCCAGUCUCCAGCUGCUCUGUCAGCAGGGCAUUGCCAGCGCUCUUAAAGAAGAAAGAGAUGUGGGGAAACUGAACAUGCCCUCCCUUCUCUGUUCCUACGUGACCACUGCAUUCAUUCCAACACUCAAGCCGCCCAUCCCUGAUCCGAACAACAUUCGAGAUUUUGUGAGCUAUCCCACAGCGGGAAACGAACGGCUGCACUGCACUAUGAAGCGCUCGGAGGAGAAUCCAGAGGCGGGAGGACCCUGCUACACACUCUACCUGGAACACCUGGGGGGCCUGGUGCCUAUUCUCAAGGGCCGUCGCAUCAGCAAACUACGGCCAGAGUUUGUCAUUAUGGAUCCGAAAAUGGAUAGUAAAGCAGAUGAGGUUUGCGUUAAUGGGAUGAUCUCCUAUAUGACAGACAGCUGUAACUGUUCAGACUCCAGUGAUAUUGAGUUAAGUGACGAGUGGGUUGGGCGAAAGUCGCCAAAGCUUUCCAGAGGAAACAGGUCUCCUAAGCUUCCUAGAAUUAGUAUGGAAUCGAGAAAGUCUCCCAAACUUGCUCAAACAUCUCAAGAAAUGUCUAGGUCUCCUAGGUUACCAAAGAAGGCCCCAGUACGGUCUCCGAGUCUUACCCGACGAGAAUUUCCAGUUGAUGGCUUUAGUGAGCAUAAUUACUUGGCCCAGGUCACCUCUAACAUUUGGGGAACAAAGUUUAAGAUAGUUGGUCUUGCCACCUUUUUGCCAGCUAACUUGGGCGCAGUUAUUUAUAAAACUAGUUUGCUGCACCUGCAACCUCGACAGAUGACAAUCUAUUUGCCUGAGGUACGUAAAAUAUCAUUGGACUUCAUGAGUCUCCCGGUAUUCAAUCCCAAUGUGUUCAGUGAGGAUGAAGAUGAUUUGCCGGUGAUGGGACCCUCUGGAGAGUCAGCCGACAAUCCUCCAUGCACGGUCAAUAUUCCCAUUGCCCCAAUCCACAGCCCUGCUCAAGCCAUGUCACCUACACAGAGUAUAGGCCUUGUCCAGUCUCUGCUAGCCAAUCAGAACAUUCAGCUUGAUGUACUCACCAAUCCCACGGCGACUGCAACUGCAGCAGCUGCAGCCGCGACGGCGGCAGCUGCUAGUGCAUCAGUCUCUGAGCAUAGUCAGGACUCUGCCACAGCACAGUACUCGGUACCAACAAGAUACUCGAACCCUGGACAGGUGAUAUUCAGUGGACAGGAAUUGAAUAACAUCCUGAGUGGAACUCUUCCUCCACCUCCACGUCAUCUGCCGCAACAAUCUCACCAACAGCGGCAAGAUCAUCAACAAUCGAAGCAUCAACAACAACUGCAACCACAGCAACAUCAUCUGAAAUUGCAACAUCAAUCACAGCAGCAGCUGCAUCAACAAUCACUGCAGCAGCAACAUCAGCAGCAACUGCAGACGCAGCAACAUCAGCAGCAACUGCAAACGCAGCAACAUCAGCAGCAACUGCAAACGCAGCAACAUCAGCAGCAACUGCAAACGCAACAACAUCAGCAGCAACUGCAAACGCAAACGCAGCAACAUCAACAGUCGCUGCAGCAGCAACAUCAACAGCAACAUCAACAGCAACAUCAGCAGCAACAUCAGCAGCAACUGCAAACACAUCAACAGUCGCUGCAGCAACAACACCUGCAACAUCAGCAGCAACUGCAAUCCCAGCAACAAUCGCUGCAGCAGCAACACGUGCAACAUCAGCAACAACUGCAAACACAGCAACAUCAACAAUCGCUGCAGCAGCAACUGCAAACACAGCAACAUCAACAAUCGCUGCAGCAGCAACACCUGCAACAUCAACAUCAAUUGCAAACCCAACAACUGCAACAGCAGCAUCACCAACUUCAGCAGCAAGUGCAGCAAGUGCAGCAGCAUCAGCAACAAAUUCAUCAACAACAAUUCCAACAGCAGCAGCAUCAGCUACAGCUUCAGCACGAGCAAAUGCAACAGCAGCAACAACAAAUGCAACAACAGCAGCAGCAGAUUCGACAGCAAAUCCAGGAGAUGAGGCAGCAGCAGCAACAGCUUCAGCAGCAGCAUCAACAAAUACAGAUGCAACACCAACAGAUGCAACAACAGCAUCAGCAAAUGCAACAGCAACUCAAAAUGCAGAUGUCCCUACAGCCUCCUCCUUCAGGUUAUGCGACUUUAUCCCUGCAUCAGUUACAGCUAAUGCCUCAAAUUACGCAUCCAGACCACCCACCAAACAGAGGAGAACAAGUCCUCACCCUAAAAGUUCCCUCAAGACCACAGUCAUUUAUUGAAAUAGACACUCUUGAGGUUCAGAUGCGCAAGAUAAACCCUCCACCACCCUAUCCAGGCACGGUGGUAUCUGCUGCCGCAGCCGUCCCCACUAUUGCCCCUCCAGGUCUUCUUGUUAGCAAUGAAAAUGGCAAUACACUGUCAAUGGAUCCGUGUUUCACUAAAGACGAGUUCUCUCUUCACUCAGUUAGCCUCCAAUAUCCAACUCCACUGGGCUAUGAAAGGAUCACAACUUUUGACAGCAGUGGAAAUGUUGAAGAGGUGUGUCGCCCAAGGAGACGUUUGAUACGGAACCAGAAUGCCUACGGGAUGCAAGGAAUGGGCAGUUCCGCUACCUUAAAAGUGAGUUCAUCUGAGAACAAGAAGGUCCUGUUGCCAUAUAGCUCUGCAACCCUUAGUCGCCUCUCAGUGCCUAGAUAUUCUAUACCGAGCGGAGACCCACCGCCAUAUCCCGACACGAUCAACCAGAUCAGUACAAUCAGAGGUCCCCCCCAGAGGAUUGACAGUGGUCUGAUUCAUGCCACUUUGCGUCGGGAUCGUAGAGAAUCCACCUUGAAAGUUCCUCAAAUGGUGGAUGCGGUGAGGACACUGCCCACAAAAUCCAAAAUGAAUGGUUCCCUCACACUCUCCUAUCAGCCUAGGAUACCCUCGGCUUUGUAUACGUGCACUCAGUGUAGUAGUAAUACCAGCAGCACUAGCGUUAGUGUCACUGGUGGAGGCACCAACAGCAGUGGAAUUGCUGGAGGAACUGUGAUCCGGCAAGAGUUUCCAACUGGCAAAGGGUCUCAACACAGCACUAUAAUCGUCCACUCCAAAAGUGCAUCGCCAUUAGCCUCCCAGUCCUCAUAUAACCUCCUGAGUCCUAUCGACAACAGUAGAGACAGAACUGUAUACGUGAACUCUGCCUUUACAGAAGAUGAGACGCUGAGUCAACAGUGCCAUCUUGAAAAAUCUGUGCGCCAUUUAACACUUGGGGAUAUCAACUUGACGGUCAAACGGCCUCCACCAUACCAAUGGGACUCUCCCGCAGCAGAACAACUGUGGAUACCACAAGACCAAAAUGUAUUGCCUGUACCACCAGGACCUCAUAAGCCACCUUUUAUACUUAGCCAACCGCAUAACUUGGACAUAAAUCGUCUACCUUUUGUCCUUUCAACGAAGCCUCCCACAAAUCCAAGUUCGAUGACUCUCCCUUCGCACUAUCAAUUAUCUCUUUCACACUUUCCAACAGUGGUAGGGCAUGGUGGACCUCAACUGCAGCCUUUGCAGAGUCCUGGACACCCAUGUCCCCCCAAUGACAUGGUUGGAUCUAGCCCUUUCAGCCAACCAGACCCAACUUUAGUCCUUCCUCCAGGUUAUACAGCGAAUCUGACAAAUCUAGGUUGUUGUACCCUUCCACCCAUGUAUCCAGGAGCCAGCUCCUGCAACAACUUACAGCUGCAUCCAAUGAGCUUACAUCCCUGGAGCACAUACAACACUUGUCCUCCCAUGCCGGACCAUUCCUCAACACUUCCCAGUAAAACCCACCAGAUCAUGGAAAAGCCAGUACUCUCUCCCCCACCGCCUCCUCCAGCUCCUCCACCACCCCCUCCUCCACCUCCUCUGCCCCCUCCUCCUCCACCUGUUGAGCAUUUGAACCAUCAAAUCACCUCAGAGGCCGUUGCUGAAUCUGGGGACAGCUUUCAGGAGCAGACCUCUGUAAAUGAGAGUCCGAUUCCACAAGGUGCAGAGAGGUUCAGCAAAAAGAGUCGUAAACGUCUCGACAGUAGGGUGGAGGAGGCAAACAUGUCCGGUGUCUCUGAAGGGAAAUCCAAGAAGGAUAGUCGCACACUCUCUGAUUUUAAUUCCCUGAUCUCCAGCCCAAGGCUUGGCAAUAGGGAGAAGAAGAAACCUAAAGGGCAGAAGGAGUCACUGAACAAGGCAAAGAAACUGAGCCGGACGUCCAAUGAAUUCCAGGACAGCUCAGAGAGCGAGCCAGAACUCUUCAUCAGCGGGGAUGAGCUGAUGAACCAAAGCCAAAGCAGCAAGAAAGGAUGGAAGAGCAAACGUAAUCUGAGGACAGCAGGCGAACUUGAGGAAAUAAAGUGCCGUAAGGCCAAUGAGAGAGAGGACCGUAGUCUUGGCAGUCAGGGUUUUGUCUAUGUCAUGGCCAACAAGCAGCCGUUGUGGAACGAAGCCACCCAGGUAUACCAGCUUGACUUCGGAGGACGGGUGACACAGGAGUCGGCCAAAAACUUUCAGAUUGAGCUUGAUGGACGCCAGGUAAUGCAGUUUGGCAGAAUCGAUGGCAAUGCAUACAUCCUGGAUUUUCAGUAUCCAUUCUCAGCGGUACAGGCGUUCGCUGUGGCUCUGGCUAAUGUUACUCAGAGACUUAAAUAGAAAACCUUUCUGGCAAUCUUGUCCACGAGAACCAGUGGACUCUGACAUUGAGAUUAUCGCUGAAUGCGGAUUGAUAAAAACGACUUAACAGUUUCUGCUGCCCUUGCGUGCUGCUGUCUGUCUAAAACCAGGUAGUAGAUCUGAAACAUGUGGUCGCUUUCAGGCAGAGAAUACACAAGUCGCACAGCUGAUUAAACAAUAAAUGUAGUGCUUUAAAGUACCUUUUUGUUAACAGAGGGACGAGCUGAUUUAAGGUUCUAUGUGAAACAAGUUAUUUGCUUGUGUAUUGAUAGAAUAUGAUUUUAUUCAUGAAUUAUUGAUUUUUUCAUGUAUUGUAUUAUGGUGCGAUUCAAUGCAGAGCUAAUCAUUGAAAUCUGAGAUUGAUGUUCGCCUUUUUGGCUUGAUAUCCUGGCCCCUCGUUGCUUUCCUUGACAUGUCAAAUUUAGAUUUCUUAUGUAUAAUCCUGUAUGUAAAGUGAUAUUUUUUUGAUCAUUGUUUGUCUUCAAUAACUCAAAUGCAGAUUUCACUUCCAUGAAGUGAAUCAGAGAUAAAAUAACCCAGUUAGGAUCAUAUUUUCCCCAAUUUUGAGGCCAUGCAAAAUCUUACAAAAUAUGAUAUUGUCAUUGCAUUUUUUGCACACUGUUGUAUCGCAGUAUUCCCGUAGUGUCCUUUUUGAACAAGUCGUUGCUUUUUAAUGUUAACAAAAAUCAGAGUUUAAACAUUUUUCAAUUAUUGUCAAGUAUAUAUAAAUAAUUCAAAUUGUCAUGAAAUUACAUGACAGAAAAGUGAUGUAGAUAAAUCUACCUACAAAUUUCGUUGACGUGUGUUCAGUGUACCUGACCAAUGACACUUUAGCACGAACUACAGUAUAGUAUGCAUUAAUUUAGCCAAAAAUGUCUUAUUACUAUGUAAAUCUAACAAACUGUAUAUUAUGCAAUGAGUGGAAUCAAAAUGAAACUGAAAGAUGAUGUGUAGGACAGAAGGUUUCCUCAUUUAUAAGUUAUAAUGAUCUGUUGCUUAUUUUAAUUGGUAGAUGUUUCUUUAUGACUUAAAAUGAUGUCCUUUAUUAUAUUCUGUCUGAUUGCUUUAACUUUUCUUGCAGCAAUUGAGCUGAAACACUUGUGUGUUGGUAGUUGCUCAGUUUCUGAGUUUCCUCAGUGAUCUCAGUUUUAAUCACAUUUGUUGUAUAAGAGUCAGUGGUGGGGAGUGAGGUAACUGUUGAUAUGGUAGACAUUUUAAGCAUUUAUUCUUGAUGUUGUACGCUUUGAUGAUUUGUAGUUGCAGUUAUUUCUUGCCACCUUUUCACUGGGAUAUUCAGGCCUGGUUUAAAUGAUGUGGAAUGUGAGGCUUUAACUGUGCUUUAUCGCUUAAUGUACAUUUUACAAAUGUAUUUCAAGGAUGUCUUGGGAGCUUUAGAAUGUGUGUGCACAGUAGACUUUCAGUCAAUUAAAUAAAAUCAAAAAAACAAAGUA